GGCCUCGCAAACACAGCAAGACAGCAUAUAGGUAGACAGCAUAAAGCCUGACUAUAGCACCGAUCUGCUGUUACAGUGACUGUCUGCACUUGGACAAUGACGCGAACUCUCUUAUUGUGGAUCCUCAUCCUAAAUGCCUCACUCAAACCCUCAGAAAGCCAUGGAAAUGAGUUUGAGGAAGUGAAGGACUAUGAGGUGGUUCGACCCGUCAGACUUCACACAGUCAGAAAAAGACAUGCAGAGUACCUCAGACCAGAGACUAUCACGUAUGCAAUGACAGUGGGAGGAGAACACAUUGAAAUGCAACUAGAAAAAAAUGAUGGAUUACUCACCAAAGACUACACUGAGACUUACUACAAAGAAGAUGGGACUCAAGUCACCACAACCCCAAAUGACAUGGAUCACUGCUAUUAUCAUGGGAGGAUUGUGAAUGACAGCAAGUCGUCUGUUAGCAUUAGCACUUGUGAUGGACUCAGGGGUUACUUCAGAACAUCUGCGCAGAGGUACCUGAUUGAGCCCUUGUCUGGUGGCGAUGAUGGGGAUCAUGCAGUGAUGACUGUCGAUGAGAAGAAGAACUUCACUCCUUCAGUGUGUGGUGUCACCAACACCAGCUGGAGUGAUGACUUUGAACCCCCAACGAGCCGCAGCCGCUCCAGAUCAGGGGCUGUAUCUAUUAUCCAGCAAAAGAAAUACAUUGAGCUCUUCCUUGUUGCUGAUAACCGUGAGUAUGUGAAGAUGAAGCGAGAUCAGAGAGAGCUGAGAAAGAAGAUAUUUGAAAUGGUCAACUUUGUCAACUUGGUCUAUAAGCCCCUGAGGACCUUCAUUGCUCUGGUUGGGCUAGAGAUCUGGUCCAAUGGUGACUUGAUCACUGUGACCCCCCCGGCCGGAGCCAACCUGGACGCUUUCACGAGGUGGAGGAACUCUGAACUGGUCAAGAGGAAAAAGCAUGACAACGCACAUCUCAUUAGUGGUAUUGACUUUGACGGCGCAACUGUGGGACUGGCUUUCAUUGGGACUCUUUGCUCUGGUAACUCUGUUGGGGUAGUACAGGAUCACAGUGACCGGGCCAUUGCAGUGGGAGCUACACUGGCUCAUGAGAUGGGCCAUAACCUGGGCAUGGACCAUGAUGACUCCAGUGCCUGCAUUUGUGCUGGGGACACCUGCAUCAUGGCUGCAGCCCUCAGCUGGAACGUUCCUCGGUCUUUCAGUAGCUGCAGCAGCAAUAAAUAUGAAAGAUACCUGACAAGCCGCAGACCCAGCUGUCUGCUUGACAAACCAGACUACACGAGUUUGGUGUCUCUUUCAGUCUGCGGAAACGGGUUUGUGGAGACAGGAGAGCAGUGCGACUGUGGCACCGUGGAGGAGUGCACCAACCCAUGUUGCAAUGCCACCACCUGCACUCUGAAUGAGGGUUCACAGUGUGCUGAAGGGGACUGCUGUGAGAACUGUAAGAUCCUGCCCCCCACCAGGGAGUGCCGCAGUAAGCAGGAUGAUUGUGAUCUGUCAGAGUACUGUGACGGGAAGAGCGCCACCUGUCCUGAGGACGUGUUUGCUGUGAAUGGCAUCCCAUGUGACGGAGGCCUGGGAUACUGCUACAAUGGCCAGUGUCCACAGAGGCAAAACCAGUGUGUCAAGAUGUAUGGACCAAGUGCUAUAGAGGCCCGUCCGUCCUGCUAUCACCAGAACACCAGAGGAACCUACUAUGGCUUCUGCAGGCGCCCCUCAAACGACCGGUACAUCCCCUGCCAGCGAGAAGACAUGUUUUGUGGGAAGCUCAUCUGCCACAAUGGUAAUGAUAACCCAAACUAUGGCCGCAUGGUGAGGGUUGGUGACUGCAAGGCAGCUUUCUUCGAUGACUACACUAAAGACUACGGCCAGGUGGACACUGGGACUAAAUGUGGGGUUGGAAAGGUGUGCAGCCAGAAUCAGUGCGUAGAUCUUGAGACAGCUUACAAAAACACAAACUGUUCUGCAGAAUGCCCAGGCCAUGCUGUGUGCAAUCACAGGAGUGAGUGUCAGUGUGAGCCUGGAUGGAUUCCUCCUUACUGCAAUUCAGAAGAUGAAGCUUUCCGUACUCUUUCUACUGGACAAACUGUUGCCAUUGCAGUGAUAGUUAUACUAGUGGUUCUAGGUAUCAUCGCUGCCGUGGUAGGGUUCGUCUGGAAAACCCGACAACGUCCCAUGUUGCCAAUGGCACAUGCCCAGAGGAAGCAGCCGGCAGAGGACAGAUCCAUUCACCGCCUAAACAAAGCACCAGUUUCCAGUCAACCCAAGCCAGUGCCAAAGACUGGAAGGCCAAAGCCCAAAGGACCUCCACCUCCACCACCUCCAGCAGGGAACAGACCUAAGCCCCCGAGCCACAACUACAUAGCUGCACGUCAGGGUCUGAGGGCAGUACCUCCACCAAAGGUCUGAUGUCAGACACAGUGCCACCUGUAAAUAAAGAUGGGGAGGCUCACCUUUGUCCAUCUUCCCCAACAAGAGGCUACCGGCUAUUGGGAGAGGCAGAGAAAAGUUUUUAUCAAAGGCUACCUGUCAUGACCCCUUCCUCUGCAGUCUUCUCACUGCGAUGCUGUCUGAAGCGCCCGGUGUGUUUGCAGCAGUGAUGGGCAGACGGCAGGAGGGAAAAAACUGGACGCUAAAUUGUUACUUGCAUGCCAUGCACUGAGGAAUUGUUAUUACAGGGAUGAACUUUUUGUCUUUAAGGAAAUUUUUUCUAAUACUGUAAGGUUAGGGUUAGUGCAGCUCGAAACAGCUCUGGCCCCAAAUGUGAGCUAUAUCAUUUAAUACAUUUUCUUAUUUUGUAACAGGAAUGGUACAGAAUAUUGCACAAGACUGGAUUUAACUGUCAAAAUGUAUUAAGCAGCUGCAGUGAUUUAAUAUUGUAUGUCGUUUGUCUAACUAUCAAAGAUACCCUGAAUCGUUUUGUUAAACUUUGUGUGAUGAUCUAAAAUUUCUGGUCCACUAUCUUGCAAUGCAAUAGAAAUGCCAAGUCACAGAUUUCAGAUUCAGAAACAGAACUAAAUGAGAAACAGUAUAAGAACUGUGUAUACAAAUGAGUAUAAGAACCCUGCCACUCAAAAGUUUUCUAAUACGCUACAUGCAGCAUUUUUAGUUAGAUCUCAAGCAGUGUCUUCAUUGAAAAUACUGUAAAAUAAGGAAAUGCAAGAGUAGAUAAAGGUUGUUGAUCUUAGUUAUAUGUUCAUAAGAUAUAGUUGGUCUAUCAAUUUAUGUUUACAAGAUCACAGUUCUUUCCCUUUUUCUUGGAGCACUUUGGAAGUUUAUAUUCAGUAAGUUAGACACACGUCAGAAUCGAAAAUAUGCAGCAUGUUGUCUGCUGGAGGUUGAAGAUCAAGUUUAUUUUAAGAUAAAUUACGUGUCAUCACGGCUUUUAUGUUAUGAUGUGAGGGUACACUGUUUGAGAUUCAACCAAAACUUGUGAGUGUAGGUUGUUCUGAAUUGUCAUUACUAAUGUGGCUUAUGUAAAUAGAUUUUUGCAAUGCACCUUUGUCAAACUGCUGCUUCUCUCAAAUGAGUUCACUAUGUGAAAAUGCAUAUAAUGUAAAAAACUGAAAAAAAGAGCUCGAUAUCCAGGUUUCAUUGUAGUACUGAGUAAGAAUAUGGUGUUUUUUUUUCUGUGCUGCAAAGCUUUAAAAAAAAGCAGGUGUAGCAUUGUAGAAAAAGCCUUGUGAGCAGUGAGGGUCCAACAAGCAGUGAGAUUUCAUAUUACUAUGGAUUAAACAAGUAUCUGAAAAAAAAAAAAAACCACUUGUCCCAUGUUUUGUUAAAGGAAGCCAUAAUCCAGGUGGUAGUAAUAUUGAUGUUAGACUGAAUAAAUAUCACUCUUCUCUGCUUUAACAGCUUGCUCUUGAGCAAGGCAUUAACCCCAGACUCUCCUAGUGAAGGGGGUGGUGAUGUACCGGGCAGCUUAAGAAU